CAGUGACAAAGAAAAUUUCCAUAUUCACACAUCGAGUCGAGCUAAAGUUAUUUGCUGCUAGAAAGUUUCUUAAAAAUAAAAAUAUUUUAAAAUAAAUAAAUAUCCUAUCGAAAGGAUAAUGCUAAGUUCUAGUUGUGGCAAAGGCAAAGGCAAUCCCAAGUCCUUUUGGUGGCUUUGUAUCAAGACAAUUAAAAUUGCCACCAAUUAUUUUAAAUAAUGACAAAAAGAAUAAACACGUACCUACAUAAAUGCGUAACAGAAAACCCAUGUGAAGUGAACUGAGCCAAAUUAAAUUUCUUUGUGCUUAACAAAAAUAAAAUACGAAAAGAAAAGAAAAGUUCCCCCUACACAAAAUGAAAAAGAAUUAAUAUAAAAUAAAAGCAGCACUGCAACCGUCACCGUCGUCGAUAGAAGACACGUCGCUCGGGGGGUAAAGACUAAGACACAACAGACAAGUCAGCCCAACAUAUUUAUUAGAUUUUAUUUUGUUUUAUUUUACUGCGUAUUUUGAUUCUAACCCAACAAUUUUCGUUGAAAAUUUUUGCAACUUUGUAUAAAUGCAAAACUCGGUUGAUAAAAAGACGUAUCUAAAGACGUCAAAUUCUUUUAUGUCCUUUUGAGACAUGUUCGAAAAAAUACCAUAUUUUUAAAUUGAAAAUUGAGAACAGGAAAAAUAAAAAUAAUAAUAGAAAAGUGCAUCUAUGGGGGAAGUUGAGGAAGGAAGAGAGACGAAUUGAUAAAGAUAAAAUAAGAGACUAGGGUUACAUCGUACAUAGUGCGGGGGUGAAAAAGAGAUAGAAGAAGUGUCUCGUUUUGUAAUUGUUGUAAUUGUAAUAAUAACAACAACAACAACAAAAACACGCAGCAGAAAUGGUGCCCUGGUUCAACGUAUUUGACGGACUAAAGAACAAAACAUGCAGAUACCUCCUGCAAAGGUAUCUUGGCCAAUUUCUGGAGGAGAAACUAAACCUGGAACAGCUGAAUGUUGAGCUCUACAAUGGCAAGGCAACCGUCAGGGAUGUUGCCCUCAAUUGCAAGUCCUUGAACGAAUUAUGUGAGACCCAAGGAUGGGGUGUCGAAGUAACAGGCGGUCACAUUGGUCUUAUAACAGUCCAAGUACCAUGGAAUGCAAUUAUGACCAAUGACAGUUCCAUCGAAGUGAGUGAUCUUUUUAUAUCCCUACGUCCGGUACAACGUCAAACCGAUGGCAGUUCAAUGCUCGAAUCGAUGUGGUCAUCGGUUAGUAGUUCAAUGCAAUUAGCACAGGAAUGCCUUGAGAAGCAUGGUACCGGCGAAGAAGAUUUUGAAUUUAAUGCACAAAAUAAUUCGAUAGAAGGUCUUGAAAAAUUCGCUCAAACUAUCGAUAGUGUUCUAAAUAGAAUAAAGGCAAAAUGUCUUAAUACAGAAAUAAGACUGGAAUACCUUCCACCGAAGAGCAGCCAGGGCAUAGCUAUAGUAAUUAAAAUUCAAAAUUUAAAUUAUAGAAAUGAAGCAGGUAGCGGUGGCAACGGCAGCAGCGGUGGUGAGGAAGGACAUAAUACUCAAGCGGAUUUGCAGUCGCGAGAAGAGAUCGACGGUGAAGAUGGUAGCCAACAUAUUCAACUCCUUUCGACUUUUGCCACUCACAAUAUAAACAUGGAAGGCAUAACAAUUUAUACAGAGGAAUUUAGGGUUUCACAGCCGAACAAUAGUAAUCCGCUUGUUGAACCAUCACUGGACGAAAGUCGAACACGCACUCCUCGAAGUAAUCUCGAUUUAGAGGCGAGUGUCGAUGAUCCUUUCUAUAGUAUGAUCUCGACGACGACAUCGUCGAUUGCAGAUCAGCACCCUUAUACAGGGAGCUUUAAACGCACACAGGAGUCGGCGAUGGCUGCUUCCCGAUCAUCUAGUUCAUCCUCGUUCUCGCGCCGUUCGAGAACACCAACAGCUUCCACCGCCGACGAUGAAGAAGACACAGAUGCCGAAGAGGAUGACACGGAACAGCCUUUGGUUGAGGUCUAUAGCUCCAAGUGCAUACCGAUUGUACGAAUGGAUGGAAAGCAGGAAAUCAAAAUUAAGAUGAAGCAGACAGAAGAUGUCGCUGGACCGAAAGUGUCGUUGGAUGUUCAACUAGGUGCUUUAUAUGUGUUCUCAACACCACGACAACUCCAUUUGGUGACGAACUUCUGUGAUGCAUUCUUCGCGGAAGACCCAGCCGUUGGCAAGGAGACACCCAGUGCUGGUCGCACUGAUCCGUCACAGCCACAAAUGUCCGGUGGUCUGGGUGCGAAUAAAAAUUUCAGCUCGAACAUGACAGGCAUUCUUGGUGGCCAAGGCAAUUGGGGUGAGCCCGCCGAGGAUUUCAGCUAUCGAGCGACAACGUCCUCAAAGAGAGCCCCCAGUAUGUUCAGCAACGAUGAUGGCCGAUCGACCCUGGGCAGCGAUUACUGUGAGUCUGUGAGUAGUUCAUUAAGCAGCAGUACCACAACGACGUGUUCAUCGAAGUUUGCCCGCAAAGCGGCGAACUUGGAAGCUAGCGGCGAUAUUUCGAAUUUCAAUAUAACCAUAGCUUCUGCGGCGGUGGUUGUUCUGCACGAAGACAUUCUCGUGGCUUGCAGUAGCAGCACUGAAAUGCCAGGCAGUCCGUUGAGCGUGGAGAGCGAGUUGAAUCUCUUGAAGCUCUCCAAUUACUUUUUCUCGUGUAUCGACGAAAAACAAGGAUUGGUUGGGUUCACCUGCCAAAAGAACCAUUUGAAGAUGUAUGCAGCUCCCAUCAUAGCCGAGGGCAUCCAACAACGCAAUAAGAAUUUGAUAUCUAUGAAAUUCACCAUCUCUAUGACACGAGUGGAUCUGCAUGAAGUUCUGGAGAAUGUCGCCACACCACUGUUGGAAUUCGAACGGACUCAGAUGUGCGAUGAAGAAAUCCACAAACGUCCCGAGAUGAUAAUUCAAAUGAAGACCACAACUCCGUCAUUGAAUCCGCAGAGCAGAAAGAGGAAAGUUCCCAUUCCUCCGCGAACAGAAUUCGACAUAAGUCUGGAUAAGUGCACAGUGGAGCUGGAUAUUUCUAUUUACGACCGACUUUCAGCGAUAUUCUGUUCGUCACCGUUUAGUGCGGAUACUCCACCGAUAGAGGAGAUAAAAAAGAACGAAAGUCGACAUUUGGAUCCUAUAAAAGAGUUCAAUGUCACCUCACCCAUAAUGCAGCUAAGGCUGAGGUUCCCGAUUGCGGAUAGUCGGCCGGUUCACGAUCCCAAUCGGGUGCCUUGGUGGAAGCAGAAUGUUCGACCAGAUUUAUUGUUGUUGUCGUUCUAUCAAAUCCGUAUGAAGUUCUCCUCAUUGCUCAUUGAGUUUCUUGCUAAUGAGAUUGAUGUCUAUUAUGUGGAGAGUCAUACGAUUCCUAAAAUUCAUUUAUUCAAGUCGAAUUUGGUGAAUAAUAGUAUACCAACUUUAAAAGAACCAAAUGUGGAUUAUCCAAGAAUUUCUAUUGAGUUCCCCAGCGAAAAGACUUUGAGUACAUUACUUAAGUGCUGUACAGAAGAUAGUGACAGUGCUGAAACAUCGGGCGAGAGCUGUGAUUUGUAUACACGCAGAAGUCGUGAAUACGUGCCCUUUAGUUCCAAACGGGUGUGUCGUCAAAGUGAUACACCACAUCCCAAUAUAAAUAAAGCAGAAUGUGAAACAAUCCUAUUGCCUGGAGAUUCACAAGAAAUGAGAAAGUUUUGCGACACGGCUAUGAAAACUUCAAAGUUGCAAAUAAAAAUCAGUCUUCCGACGGCGUUGAUUCAAGUGAGUUCCAAACAACUCUACGAAAUCAUCUAUAACCGUGUAAAUACCGACUUACUAAUGUGGGAGCCAAGUUCUCCGAGUUUUAUUAGGAAAGCCAAACCACCACCAGCCCCAACGAUAGAACAAAGUCUCCUUAAUAUCGGAAUGAUGGAUUCAAUGUAUGUGCCAUCUACAUCACCCCUUCAUCCCUAUGACACCUAUGACAACGAUGCUAUUCCAACUCCAAAGCAUUACUCAUCGUCUGAGGAUGAUUGUGGCGGUGGUGGUGGUGUCGGCGGUGGCGGUGGCGGUGGCUGUGACCAUGAUAGUGGUGGACCUUCAGACAACGAAUCGGACAGUAUAUAUUACUCGACAUAUGAAAAGAAACGUAGCAAACGUAGUCUUGCCACUCAAGCGGCCAUGAAAACCAGUGGCUGUUCGUUUGAGUUGUCGGUUGGCAAAGGUGUGCUGUCGCUGUUUCCUCCGGUACGUGAUGCCGAGAAUCGGGUCUUACCAAAUCAACUAGGUGAAUUUAGAAUUGCGGUCGAGGACUUUUGUAUAUUCUCUGUGAGUAGAUUUAAUGGCAAUGACAAUAUGGCAUAUCUGUGUUUGCAUACGAAGGAUCUUCAAAUGUUCCAUUGUGGUCUUAUCCCAACAAGAGACAGUGAGCCAGGAUUACCUGAAUUCAAGUGUAUUCCCCAUCACAUGCAAUCAACGUUCUACUCCUCGCCGGCAAAUCUAACAAAAAGUGACAAUGAAGGUAACGUGAAUCGUGAAAUGCUUUCGUUAGCCAUCGAAAUUAAAAAAGUUCCCGAUCAAUCCUUGAAGCGUUUGAAGAUAACUACGGGAAUUCAAAAGGCGACUUUGAGACACAACCCAGCUCUGUCGCAGCACACUUGGUUGAAUCAGUUGAUUGACUUUCUGGAUGUUAUUGAUUAUCCAAUUGAAGGAUACAAACCCUACGGAAUCGUUACUGAGAUCCAGGUUCAUUUAUGGGAUUGUGCCAUUGACUAUCGCCCCAAGAACUUCCCAUUCCGCAGUGUUAUAGAAAUCGGAUCCUUUAUGAUGAGUAGCAAUAUUGUAUCAUCUGUUCCUGGUUGCACAUUGCGUUUUAUUGCCGAGGAGUGUAUCCUUUCAUUGGCUCCUUAUGAACCUAAAUCGAGCAAAUCGGAGAAUAAAGUCACUGCUUUGCCAUCAUCUAAUCUAGUCCCCGUUAUAGAUAUUGGUCUGUUGGAUAUUUCGUUGCGUUUGAAUGAGAAGGCAUCGGAACGUAGUCCGAAACUGGAUCUUCGGACAUCCAUACAAGAUGUCCACAUACGAAGUUGCUUUGAUUCUGGCCGGGCUUUGGCUACUCUCAUCGCCUAUGUGGCCAGUGAUGGAGAUCUGCUGAAUGUCGGCGAUGAUGACGAGAGUAUGACUUCGUCAAUGGAAUCGUCGGUUUACAGUGAUGCUAGUUUAUUCUCGAUGAAGGACCGAAAGAGCUCAAUCCCGGAAAUAUCCGCUCGCCAGCAGGAAAGGGUUAAUCUGAUGAUGGCCGAGGCAGUGCAAGAGACUGUUUCAUCGAGAGCAGCUUUGGAUGAGGAUGCCGAACACAGAUUCGAUCGAGGAGUUGAAGUUUUCUUCUUCCCCGACGAAAGCAAUCAGGGGGCUUUGGAAAAGAAUUCUGCUUCUACUAGUAGUCCUGGUGUUGAUAAGAAACUUGAUGUGCCAGUGUCUUCAUCGAGUGGAGAGCAAAUUAAAGUUUCUCCAGUUCCGGGACUUUCGCGUACGAAUAGCAGCUCCGAUGAAUGGGCGUAUCAAGCCAUUCGACACAGUGGCAGCAGUAAUGAGCUGCAAGAUUUGCUGAAUUUCGAAACGUCUGUGAUGAAGAAUUCGUAUAUCAACCAAGAAGAUGACGAUGACGCUGUUGAGGCGUUGCCCCAAGUCCGAGAGGAGCUCGGCGAUGUUAAGCAAACCGAAAAGAUUCCCCCUGUCAUGAAGAGCAGCAUGGGUUUGGAUGAUGAUUUUUGUGUCAUAGCCGAUGAGGAGAAAUCGUAUUUGUCUCAAUGUGGCAUCCGAGAUCUGGUUAUAUCUGAAGAUCCGUUGCGAAUGGUGGACAAUCAUUUUAAGUUGCCAGCUGGAAAACCCGACCUCCUUCAGGCUCCCGAGAAUUUCCCAAUGGCCGAGUAUCGAUAUACAUUAUGUGAGAUGACGCUAACGUGGCAUUUGUAUGGCGGUCAUGAUUUUCCCCUCCAAUCCACCGAAGUGUCAUCAACAACAGAGGCGAAGGACAAGGAAAAAAUCCGUCCAGAACCACAACCAUCCAUGUCCGAUGCCUUUAAACAUGGUGUUUCGUACUCCAAGGUCACCGAAAGCAUCCAAUACGGCAAGAAACCAAAAGAGAAACUAAGUUGGCGAACAAUCGGUGGAACGAAUCGAAAUCACGAGACAUUGGUGGAAAUUCAACUGUCGAAAGUUCGUUGUUCGCAUGAAGUUUAUCCCACACAAACUACCCAAGCAUCACGUCAGGUCCUUGUUAUAAGUGAACUUGAAGUUCGAGACCGUUUGCAAACUUCCGAGAUCAAUAAAUUCCUGUAUCAUCCGAGUGCCAAGCAUCUGCCAAACAAAAGUUCUCAACACAUGAUUGUUAUCAAGGCCCUGCAUGUGAGGCCUCAUCCUAGUACGAGCAUAUCAGAGGAGUGUUCCCUGCGAAUAUCAUUGCUGCCGUUGCGACUUAAUAUUGACCAAGAUACGCUGCUUUUUAUAGCGCAGUUUUUUAAUGAUUUAAGUUCGUCCGGCGAUGUUGGAAGUGAUGGGGAGGUUUCAUCUACAUCGAGACGGCAAUCAUCCCUGCAGCCACCGGUAAUGAUGGUCGAUGACUUGCCAGAAGCCGUGCAAGAUUAUCAGGCACGUAAAAUGGUCUCAACGAAUUUGGAUUUGUUGAUGGAAGGAGAAGAAAAAUCUCACCGAAAGGAACUGCCAACAGCUGCUGCUGCUGCGGGUUCAACGGCGAAUGCUGCAGAAACAGGGGGCAAAAAAGCUCCGAUUUACUUCCGUGAGGUGAUCUUCAGUCCGGAGGUAAAUAUUCGAUUGGAUUAUCAUGGCAGGCGUAUUGAACUGUCUAGAGGACCAAUAGUUGGAUUUUUAAUGGGUCUGGGGCAGUUGCAAUGUUCAGAAAUUAAAUUGAAGAAAAUUAUCUACAAACAUGGUUUGCUGGGAAUUGAUAAACUUAUAGCACAUCUAUGUAAAGAAUGGCUCCAGGACAUCAAAAAGAACCAAGUUCCUGCGAUUUUAAGUGGCGUUGGGCCAACAUACGCAUUCGUUCAGCUUUUCCAAGGAGUUUAUGAUCUCUUCUGGCUGCCAUUCGAGCAAUAUCAAAAGGAUGGUCGUUUUGUACGGGGACUGCAAUUGGGAGCACAAAGUUUCACAGCAAGAACAGCACUCGCUGCCUUAGAAAUUACCUCUAGGGUUAUACAAUUAUUACAGUUCACUGCUGAAACAGCUUACGAUAUGGUUUCACCAGGUCCGUCAGUACGGAGUAUUCGACAUAAUCGUAAAGGUAAACGUAGGAGGCCCCAUCGCCCGCAAGAUAUUCGCGAAGGAGUAGUCAAUGCAUAUCAAAUUGUCAGAGAUGGAAUAAAUGACACAGCAAAUGCUCUAAUUGAAACGGCAGUCCUAGAGCAUGAUCAAAAAGGAUACACCGGCGCCGUCGGUGGUAUAAUUCGACAAAUACCACAGCUUGUGGUGCAACCUGCAGUCCUCGCCACGCAAGCCACAACAAACAUUUUGGGCGGUGUUAAAAGUUCUCUGGUGCCCGAUGCUAAGCUCGAGGCACGCCAAAAAUGGAAAGAGGACAGUGAUUAGCAGAGGCUUCCAUCACAUCGUUCUCCACACGCUCUCAUCCACCAAUUUUGGAUUUUGAAUAUUUUCAGUUAUUCACCCAAAACCCAACUGAAAAUUUUAAUUUUUAUUUUAAAUUUAAGACAAAGCACUCAUUAUUAUUAUUAUUUCUUUUGUAUGCGCUGUAGUUUUAAGUUGUGCUUGAUGUGUUUAAGUUAAUAUUAAUAUAGUCUCUAAUCUUCUUUUCUAUAAACUUCUUUUUUGUUUUUCUUUUAAACUAUAUCCGCUUUCAAAAAAACACAAAUCGAAAUCACUGACAUCAAAAAAAGAAACAAUUAAAACAAAAAUAUCCAAAUAUAUUGGAAACAAAAUUCUAAAACAAAA